GCGGCCAAUCCAGCGGAAAACAUCUGACUGCAGCUCGCUUCCCAAAGCUGUGUUUGAUUUUACUCGCAGUCACACCGGAGACGCGUAGCCAGCCGCGGAACAAAACUAACCAUUUCAGGACUGCAGCGACAUCCGGGCGCUUUUCAACUGGCAGAUCACCAGGAGAGCAUGUGUGAAUACUGAGACCCCUCUGCUCAGUUGACCUCCCUGCCCAGGAACACGGAGCUGCUGUCUGGUUUACCUGUCUGCUUGUCCUGCGAGGCUCACCCCGCACCAUGUCUACAGAGGUGGAGAACAGCACACCUGUUGCUGCUGAUCCCAGCGCCCCAUCCCCUCCUGCAGCCUCGACCUCUGCAAGCCCGCCCACCUCCCCUGCAAUAGCCACAUCCAAGACCACAUUCAGGAAAGAGAAGAAGAAAGUGCCAGAGAAAACAGAUGAGUAUCUGCUGGGCAGAUUUCAAGGGGAUGGUGUGAGGUACAAGGCCAAGCUGAUCGGCAUUGAUGAUGUUCCAGAGGCCAGAGGAGACAAGAUGAGCCAGGACUCCAUGAUGAAACUUAAGGGCAUGGCAGUAGCUGCUCGAUCCCAAGGUAAACACAAACAGAGGAUCUGGGUCAACAUUUCCAUGUCAGGCAUCAAGAUCAUUGAUGAGAAAUCAGGGGUGAUUGAGCAUGAACAUGCAGUGAAUAAGAUCUCCUUCAUUGCCAGAGAUGUAACAGAUAACAGGGCAUUUGGUUAUGUGUGUGGAGCAGAAGGACAGCAUCAGUUCUUUGCCAUAAAGACUGCCCAACAGGCAGAGCCCCUUGUCAUCGAUCUGAAAGAUCUGUUCCAGGUCAUCUUCAACAUGAGGAAGAAAGAUGCAGAGGCUUCACAGAAGGGUGAAAAUGGCAGCACAGUAGUUGAGAAUGGAAGUGACAGUCUGCUAAGUGUUGACGAAGAAGCAAAAAUUGCCCAGCCAGUGGAGCAGCUUGACCUUUUUGGUGAUAUGUCAACCCCUCCAUACAUCCAGCCUCCAGCUGAGUCAAAUGAUAUUCUCUUGCUGGACUUGUCCGCUGAAGUUGACAGCAAUCAGAAUUGUAUAAAGGGAAACCCCUUUGACACUUCCUGUGCCCCUAACCCUUGGGCAUCUCCCCAGACAGAGAAUCCCUUUUCCUCGACAUUUGGCUUCUUUCCAACCCCAGACACUGACCCAUUCAGAGAUGACCCCCUUUCUAAAUCACCCACCCAAUCAGCACCCCAUAAUUCUCAGAUCUCUCUUACCACCACCAAUCACAGCUUAGAGAGCACUGUUGCCAGCAUUAGUAAGACAAUCAUGAAUGGUGGUCUGAAUGGAGACUCUGACCACCUCAGUCAGCAGAUGAACGGGUUGUCCAAUAAGACCAUGACCCUCACUCUCAGUGACAGCCAGUGGCCACUGGGAGGCACAAUGGUUCAGGGGAACAAGAAUACUUUGUUGGAGGGGAGUGAUUUUGGAUCGGUUCUCUCUACCCAAAACCCGUUUUUUGACAUGACUCUGAAAAAUGCCCCCCCUUCUAAUGGCAUAACAAAUGACCCACAAGCCUCAGUAUCUCGUUGCAAGGAUUCGGUUGUCAUUAGCCCACCUCCGCAGAGCUCUAAGGUUGGACGAGGUCGAAGAAGUGCAAAGUCUACAUCAAGUGACCUGUUUGGGGCAGAUCUGUUUGCUGCUCCUACUCAUACUGAGGCGUCAUCAGCUCCAAGUGAUCUUUUCAACAGUACACCUGCAAAUACUGCUGCCUCCUCCAUAGCUGCUCUGGGAAAUCUUCAGUUAGGUCCUCCUGCUACCACUUCUGUUGCUGGCACAGGCAUGUGGGGAGCAUCUACCCCUGCACACUCCAUGUUCCCCAUGCCAGGAGGCAUGCCCCAAGUGACACUCCCAGGCUCUCAACCCUACCCUCAGCCAUCUGCCUUUGGUGGUCUGCCCAUAUCACCCACAGCUUGGGGCCAGCAGGUGCCAGCUCAGUUUGGUGCCACGCCUGUCUCCCCGCCCCAAGCUUGGGGUCAGUCUUCACACCCUGUGUCACCUGGUGCUCCAGGUUGGGGUCAGCCCUCCAUGUCCAAUCCCUUCCAGCCAGGCCCGUUCCACCAGGGUCCUCCACGGCCUCCUCCUAGGCCACCAGUUAAGGAGGCCCCAAAGGUGGAGAAUAACGCCUUCACAGCUUUGGACCCCCUUGGAGAUAAAGAGAAGAAGACUGGAAAGGACAUGUUCAAGGACUUCCAGCUUGCCAAGCCCCCUGCCAUCCCAGCAAGGAAAGGGGAGCAGGGCUCCAACACUGCUCCAGCACAGAGCAGCAGUGAAGAAGGGGCAUUUGAUCAGUACUUUUCCAAUAAAGUGGGCUUGCCUCAGGAAGCUGCAGAUCACGAUGACUUUGACAUCAAUCAAAUCUCAGCUGCUGUAAAUGCUCCUAAGCCAGUCGCAGCUCCUGCUGCUGUCCCAGCUUCAACUCCCAACCCCAGCCUUCUAGAUGCUGCCUUCUCCUCGACUCCAGUCACAAACAGUUCAGCUCCAGCCUCAGGACAAGGACUCAGUCAGAACAAGUUUGAUGAAGCAUUUGGGGCUCCAAAUCCUGGUGCCUUUGGAGCACCACCCUUAACUAUGAAUACUCCUGUUGCUCAGACUUCUGGUUCCUCAGAUGCUUUUGGAGACGCUUUUGGAAAUCCCUUUGCUUGACCGUGACUUUGUCUACAGGGCACUUCAAAUCGAGUAGCAGAGAUCUCCCUCAUCAAAAGACAUGGAACCAGCUGCUACAACAUGCGGAAGACAAUCGAUGGCAAUGAUCAACCUUUCUAACUCUUACCCUGUGUCCACAAGUUCUCACCUGUCCUUUAAAAACCCUACUUUAACAUCGCCACCUUAACUAUUACUAUGUUUUUUUUUUCUAUCCAAUCAGUAGUUUUCCUGUUUCUGAACCAACUGAUUUCAAAGUAAACAUAAAUGUUAUGUUGUGAUCUUAUGAAGGAAUAAAUGUGUGAAGGUGGAAAAGAAAGUAUGUCCAAAGAUGUCCAAUGCUGAUACUGUCUAUAUUAAACAAAUAAAGAAAAUGAUA